AUGCUACAUCCCAUCCCUCCUACACCAUCCCAAUCUCUCACAAUCGAUGGGCCAUUCAUGAUUGUCACAUCAGCGAGGCGAGUAACAGGCCGGGUCGGGACCUUGGCCAGCGGUUACAGCUUUACCCGCCUUCGAAGAUGUCGAACAAUUAGCUCCGAUGCCGCGUCUCCCGAUGACCGGCCAUCGCUCAAGAAGCGCCCGCAGUUCCGCGACUACUUCGUUACCUAUCUACCAUCAUCAUCACUACACCCGGACCCUCGGGGACCGACCUCUCCCUUUCACAAACUCCCUCGUUCAGCAUCUAUACCACAUACCGGCGAAACCCCGCACUCCCCGACCUCGUUCCAGCAACUGGUGGGACGAGAAACGACCGUGGUUCGAAUCCCGUUGCGAAGCGCGAAGCACCAUUACGGUGCCGUCACUGCCCGCGGUACCCGACCGGCCAACGAAGAUACAUAUCAAGCCGGCGUCAUUGAUGUACCUGCAUUUGCGAAACGUCCUCCAGCAUCCCUGACUAUCAAGCGCUCCCAAAGUCCCGCACGCGAGUCCCGCGGGGCGCAGACCGCCACGGGCGACCCUCAAGUCUUCUACUUUGGCAUCUUCGACGGCCAUGGCGGGUCGGAGUGCAGUACAUUUUUAAAAGAAAACCUUCACGAAUAUAUACAAGACACCGCCGCGGAAUUCGAAGUGAGCUCGAUCCUUCGAAGCAAACAGUUGCAGAUAGGCGGGGCCGAUUCGUUGCCGGUUUUACAGGCGGGAAAUCGCCAGCGCAUCGGAGACCUUGAGAAGAAUCUUGUACAGAAUUGGAGACGCUUAGUUGGUGGCUACUUUAAGCGAUUCAAGCCAGCAACCUUUUCCUACUAUGGAUCCGAAAGCGACGUGGACGCGGAGACUGCGCCCGACGGGAAAGUCUCCAUUGAGGAAAUCUUAGAAUUUGCAUUUUUGCGUGCCGAUCUCGACUUCGUGAAAGCGCAAGCUGCCAAGCGAGAUGACGAUCUUGUUCUAGCUGAAAAGCCUCUGAACGAGGACGAGAUUCUCCACAGCCCGAGCUUGACAAGAACUCCCAAGAUUGGCGGCCGCUCGCGAUUUAAGGGCGGUAGUACUGGAACUACUGCCAUGAUCUCGACACCCUCGCCAACUCCCUUUUGGCAUCCCGCUGCCCCGUCGAGUCUCAUUGUCUCCCAUGUUGGCGACACAAGAGCCUUACUGUGUUCGACCGACACCGGCGAAGCUAUACCUGUUACUUCCAACCACCACCCAUCGUCACCUAUCGAGGCGGCACGACUCCGCCGCUAUGCUACGACCUUUGUCACCGAUUCCUUCGGCGAAGAGCGCAUGAGUGGACUCGCAAAUACACGCGCAUUUGGAGAUGUCCAGUCGAAGCGUAUUGGCGUAUCCGCCGAGCCAGAGAUCAAUCGGGUCGAGAUGGGCGCCGCUGAAUUCUCGUUCCUGGUCAUGAUGUCGGAUGGUGUUAGCGGCACACUCCUGGAUCAAGAGAUCGUGGAUAUCAUCAAAGAGGCCAAGACCCCCGAGCAAGGUGCCCGUGACGUGGUGGGUUUCGCUAGUGAGGUCAGUCGGGAUGGAGACAAUGCCACUUGUCUUGUUGUUCGGCUUGGCGGGUGGGAACGGCGACAAGAGGGGGGGCGUGGGAAGCUUGGGAACGAAGGAGUCUCGCGAGUGGCGACGUCAGGAUGCCACUGA